AUGAAAUGUGCAGAAGUGUUCAAUGAGCUGAAAGUACAGUCAGUUGAAAACUGCGCACUGUCAUAUCACGGCCACCAAACGCACCAUUCCAAGGAAAGGGACAAUGUUGGAAGAGGUGCUGACUCUUGGGUGCAUGGGCCAAUUAAAGACCAGUCUGUCCCAAUCUGCAAGGGGAGGCGACUACAUCUGUCCCAUUCUGUGCAGAUCUUCAAGGGAAAAUACAAAUGGGAAGUCCAAGAUCAUGUUCAAUCAAUACAUAAAAGUACCUGCAAGGCAGUCCAAGAAAAGCAAACCACGUCAGAAGGACAAAAGACAGUACAGUGUGGAACGUGGACAAAAUACCCAGAAGGAGGCAUCUUCACUUCUCCCAAUUACCCCAACAAAUAUCCUCCUGAGAGAGAGUGUGUCUACAUUAUAGAAGCUGCCCCAAGACAGUGUAUUGAGUUACACUUUGAUGAAAAAUAUUCCAUAGAGCCUUCGUGGGAGUGUAAAUUUGAUCAUAUUGAAGUGCGGGAUGGACCUUUUGGAUUUUCCCCAAUAAUUGGUCGUUUCUGUGGACAACAAAACCCACCUAAAAUAAAAUCCAGUGGUAGAUUCCUGUGGAUUAAAUUUUUUGCUGAUGGUGAACUUGAAUCUUUGGGAUUUUCUGCACGAUACAAUUUUACACCUGAUCCGGAUUUCAAGGACCUUGGGGUUUUGAAACCAUUGCCAGUUUGUGAGUUUGAGAUGGGAGGAUCUGAAGGAAUUGUGGAAUCUGUGCAAAUUGGGAAAGAAGGGAAAGCUUCGGACACCGAGGCAGUUGAUUGUAAAUGGUACAUCCGAGCACCGCCAAGAUCCAAGAUAUAUUUACGGUUCUUGGACUAUGAAAUGCAGAAUUCUAAUGAAUGCAAAAGGAAUUUUGUGGCUGUCUAUGAUGGAAGUAGCUCAGUGGAGGAUUUAAAAGCUAAGUUUUGCAGCACUGUUGCUAAUGAUGUGAUGCUGCGCACAGGUCUUGGAGUAAUCCGCAUGUGGGCAGAUGAAGGCAGCCGAAGCAGCCGAUUCCAGAUGCUCUUCACAUCUUUCCAAGAACCCCCCUGUGAAGCCAACACAUUCUUUUGCCAUAGUAACAUGUGUAUUAAUAAUACAUUGGUCUGCAAUGGACUCCAGAACUGUGUGUAUCCAUGGGAUGAAAACCACUGCAAAGAAAAAAGAAAAGCCAACAUACUGGACCAGCUUACCAAUACCAGUGGGACAAUAAUUGGGGUGACCUCUUGUAUUGUGGUCCUCCUUAUCAUUAUCUCUGUUAUAGUACAGAUCAAGCAGCCUCGUAAAAAAUAUGUCCAGAGGAAAGCAGACUUUGAUCAAACAGUAUUCCAGGAGGUGUUUGAGCCUCCUCACUAUGAGUUAUGCACUCUUAGAGGGACAGGAGCUUCAGCGGACCUUGCAGACGUUGCAGAUGACUUUGAAAAUUAUCAUAAACUGCGGAGAUCAUCUUCAAAAUGCAUUCAUGACCACCACUGUGGAUCACAGUUAUCUAGCACUAAGGGCAGCCGUAGUAACCUCAGCACAAGAGAUACGCCUAUCUUGACAGAAAUUCAACCCCAGCCUGUAAAGCCUCUCAUACAGCCCAUGAACAGAAGAAAUAUCCUCGUAAUGAAGCAUAGCUACUCACAAGAUGCUGCAGAUGCGUGCGAGAUAGAUGAAAUCGAAGAGGUACCAACCACGAGUCACAGGCUAUCCAGACAUGAUAAAGCUGUCCAGCGGUUCUGCCUCAUUGGGUCUCUAAACAAACAUGAAUCUGAGUACAACACAACUAGGGUGUAAAAGGCAAACUGAAGACUGCUUGGGAAUAGUGCGAUCCUGGGUGCUUUUGAAUAUACUACAGUGAAUUGUGAAAAUGUCGACCCUGGAACUGCAAGCUAGAGAUGUUCUGGACUCUGACCAGCUAUUCCAAUUUCAUGAGAAAAAAACCCACACAUCAGUCAGUAAUGAGUAAAAUUAAUGGAUGGCAAUAAGACUCUU